CCAAUUCAACCAAACCCAAUUGGGCAGAUUCUUGUUUUACUCUGCGUAUAACAGAGAUCCCUUUGGGGCAUUUCGACGAACGCCUUGCAUUCACAACUCAUUUUGUGCGAAUUUGGGCGUUGGUCUCCAGGAAAGAAGCGGAAAAUAGAGAUGUUCAGGAGUGUAAUUCUGGAAAACAGAAGUAGCAAUGGUGUGUUUGGAUGUAUUGUUAGGUAUUUUUCAAAGAAGCCAAAGCCAAAAAUGAAACCUAUUGAACUUAAGACUCCACCAGAGCAAACCCAAACAAUCACCAGAGUUGUCUUCGAUAUCUUGAAGGAGCACGGUCCUCUCACUAUCGCAGAGACUUGGGAACACGUCAAGGAAGUUGGAUUAAGGGGAUUGACAAGCAAGAAUCACAUGAAAGUGGUGUUGAGAUGGAUGAGGGAGAGGCAAAAGCUGAGGCUUAUAUGCAACCAUGUAGGUCCUCACAAGCAAUUUCUCUACACGACUUGGUUCGGAAAACCCAAUCUCAAUCAACCAAAACCUGCAAGACCCAUCAAUAAUUCUUCCAAACCAACAUCUCCUUGAGAUUGGAGGGUGUCAUGGGUGGGUGGCUGUAUCUUCACUUUCAACAUAUUUCAGUGCUUGUUCAUUGCGUGUUAUUGAGUUAUAUAUAAUUAGUUAAAGAUUCCCAGAUGAUUGUAAGUGUGUUUCAGUUUAUGUUUCAGGGAAAA